AAUGUAAACGUGUUCCUGUGUUUGUUGCUUCACGCACACUCUUGUCUCUCCACACACACACACAAACCAGUUGAAAAAUGAAAAUCUUAUAGCUUCUUUAUCAUCUGACCAGGAUUAAAUUAUUCCUUCUCAAAAUUUGGUUUUUUACCCCCUUAUAAAUUCCUGUAUUUUGUUACCUCAAAUCUCAAGCAUUAAGUCUUUUUGUACUAUUGUUUUGAGUGAAAGAGAUCUUAAUUUGGGGUGGAUUUUUUGUAUCUACGUUCAUCAUGAGUGUGUGUUGUGAUCUUCAAGUAGAUGUGAACGGGGAACAAGUUUUCCUGGUGAAUAAGCAAGUUAUAUCUUAUUAUUCGGGAAGAAUAAGCAAAUUGUUCAGUAAAUCGAACAGGGCAACACGAAAUCUGAAGGUUAUAUUACACAAGUUUCCUGGAGGAGCAGAGACUUUUGAGCUCUUGACCAGGUUCUGCUACAAGAAGGGCAAAAUUCACAUAAAUCCCAUUAGCGUUUGCAACCUACAUUGUGCUGCACAUUUCAUGGAAAUGAGUAAAUCUUUCUCAGGAACUCAAAAUCUGAUUGAGCAAACUGAGAAGUUACUUGAAGGCAUGAAGUUUUGGACAUGGUCUGAACUUCUUGUGGCCCUAAAACAAUGCCAAGAUUUACUCCUUGUUGAAAAAUCUUCAGGGAUACUUGAAAAGUGCUUGGAUUCUCUAAUUGAAAGGCUUUCCUCCUGUGAAGUGAGUCCUUGUCCAUCCACCUCCUCUACAGAUAGUUCUGAAUUUUUGUCGUCAUGUGACACGGGAAAUACAGAGCGCAUGAAGAACAGUUUAACAUGGUGGUUUGAAGAUCUUGGAGCAUUUGACGUCAACCUGAUUGAAAUGCUAGUGAAGAUGAUGGUAUUGAAGAAUUUUAACCCUAGUAUCAUUAGUAGGUUCCUCUUUUACUAUCAAAAAUCCAGAUUUGCUUCUGCCACUUCAGACGAGAAAAUUAAGAUUGUUGAAACAGUUGUGGAGAUGCUAUAUCCUUUGAAUUUGAGCACUUUGUCGUACAAGAGUUUAUUUGGGAUUCUUCGAGUUGCUUUAAAUUUAAACAUAAGCAAAUGCUGCAGGAACAAGUUAGAGAGCUUGAUUGGUUCUCUAUUAGAUCAAGCAACAUUAGAUAAUUUGCUCAUUCCAUCCCCAGCCGAGAGAACUUACCUGUAUGAUGUGGAUUUAGUUCUUAGAUUUUUGAAAUAUUUUCUUGGCAAAGGAGCUUUUUGUUUGCCAAUGAGUCGGCUAAAGAAAGUUGCAAACUUGAUCGAUUUAUAUAUAGCUGAAGUUGCCCCAGAUCCUAACCUAAAACCGGAGAAGUUUUUGGCCUUAACCAUGGCCCUGCCUAACUCUGCACGGGACUCUUAUGACAGAGUUUACCAUGCAGUGGAUUUGUAUUUGGAGGUUCAUUCAGGGCUGUCUGAAGUAGAUAAAAUGAGAGUCUGUAGUGGAAUAAAUUACGAGAAGCUCUCAUCGGAAGUCGCUAACCACAUCGCUCAAAAUAUCAAAAUCCCUCCAAAAUUAGCUGCCGAAGCCCUCGUCUCCCAGCACUGCAAACUUAAAAGCUUGCUCGAAGACACAGACCAGCCAAAACCUGUCAUGGACUCUACUUGUAGUUUCGUCGAAAGGGAAUGCAGGCGAAAGAAGAACAAAACCCAUGAACAAAUCGUGCUCUAUGCAAGGAAGCUCAAUCUUUCCGACGAGAACAAGAAGCUAAAAGUGCAUUUGCAAGGUAUGCAAUGGAGAGUGCUGGAAUUGGAAAAGGUUUGCAAGAAAAUGCAUACUCAGAUGACAAAAAUGAUGAAAUCAAGAUUGCCAAACAACACUACUCCUAAAUCUAUACCUAGGCUUUGCUCAUAAUUAUAAAUCUUAUUGAAUUGUAAAUUAUUUAAUCUUUUUUACCACCAUUUUCACAUUAAAUGUACAUAUCUAUCUUAAGGAAUAUUGUUCUUUUGUAAUUGCAGCAAAUUUUGAAGCUUUUUUAAAAGUCUAUGUUAUAUUCAAGCAGAAACUGUUUAUUCUC